AUGGGCCAAACCUCUGCCGUCCCUAGCGCAUCUGGCUCUGCCGUACCCUCUGGAAGUGCUCCGGCCAGCGCAUCUGACUCUGCCGUACCCUCUGGAAGUGCUCCGGCCAGCGCACCUGGCUCUGACGUACCCUCUGGAAGUGUUCCGGCCAGCGCACCUGGCUCUGACGUACCCUCUGGAAGUGCUCCGGCCAGCGCACCUGACUCUGCCGCACCAUCUGGAAGUGCUUCGGCCAGUGCACCUGGUUCUGCCGCACCGUCUGGAAGUGCUUCGGCCAGUGCACCUGGCUCUGACGUACCCUCUGGAAGUGCUCCGGCCAGCGCACCUGACUCUGCCGCACCGUCUGGAAGUGCUUCGGCCAGUGCACCUGGCUCUGCCGUACCGUCUGGAAGUGCUUCGGCCAGUGCACCUGGUUCUGCCGCACCGUCUGGAAGUGUUCCGGCCAGCGCACCUGGCUCUGACGUACCCUCUGGAAGUGCUCCGGCCAGCGCACCUGACUCUGCCGCACCGUCUGGAAGUGCUUCGGCCAGUGCACCUGGUUCUGCCGCACCGUCUGGAAGUGCUUCGGCCAGUGCACCUGGCUCUGCCGCACCGUCUGGAAGUGCACCUGGCAGCGCUUCUGGCUCUGGCUCACCCUCUAGAAGUGCUCCUGGGGCUUCUGCUUCUUCUGUCCCAAGCGGCUGGGCUACUUAUCCCCUCCCUCCAGUUUCUUGCCCCCCACCCUCGAAGGACACAAUCGCCGGAUGGUUUGCCGGCAUCAAGAGCGCCAUUGAUGUUUUGAUCGGAAGCCCUAGCAAGAUUCUUGAUUUGGCGAAGGGCGUCGAGGACGUUAUCUGCGCCCUCGGAGAUGCCAAAUCCAAAUCUCCUUCCAUUGUAGAUAUCAAACCCGAUCUGGUUGAACUGACCUCCGUCGCUGGAAAAAUCAGCAGUGGCUUGAUUGACUUGGCUGGUCGUGCUGAUAGUAUUAGUACCGAUAUCACAGCCCGCAGUCUCUUUGCUCGUGCGGACACUACUUUGCCCAAAUAUAUCGAGGACUUGCUCAAUGGAGUUGUAGACAUGAUUUUUCAGUUUGAAGCUGCCGUGACUGCUAGUGGUGACUGCGCUGAUUACUCUACUUUGAGCAGCAACGUUGUCCUCUUGGGAUCUGCUAUGAGCUCUCUUGAGGCUGCAUACAGUGUUUCUUCCCCGAUUCCUCCUACACUCGCCCCAGACUGCCCUAUGACCGCCACUCCUUCUUCCAAUGGUACCUCUAGCGGAGCUCCUACCAGUGGUCCCUCUAGCGGUCCUUCUAGUGGAGUUCCCAGUGGUCCCGCCAGUGGUCCCUCUAGCGGAACUCCCUCUGAAACACCAUGCCCUACAUGCCCCCCUAUCCCAUGCCCCACAUGUAUCCCUGUUUGCACUGCAAGCCCUUGCCUGCCUGUCUGUGAGGUUUGCAAAGUUGUUCCCACUGUUGUGGAGACACUGACCACUUACUGCUCCGGCCCUACCACUAUCUGCUUCAACGAUGUCUGCCACACCGCUACAGCUGAGACUACUCUUACGAUCACUGACUGCCCCUGCACUAUCUACACUGCUGUGACACCAUCUCCUUUGCCCUCUGUCCACCGCACCAUUAUCGAAACCCUGACUCUUGGCGGCAACACCGUUGUUGCUACUCACACUAUUGGUGCUGUUCCAACUGUUGUGGAAACUGUCACUAUCAACGGUAGCCCUGUUAUUUCCACACGCACCCUUGCCGGGGUCCCCACCUUGACUGCUGGUGAAGCCACAGUCGCUCCUGUCCAGUCUGGUGCUGCUGCUCCUGGUGUUUCUGGCAUUCCUGUUGGACCUGGUGCCGGCAAUUCCGGUAUUGUUGCUGCCAACGGCGCCAGCUCUUUGACCGCCAGUUUGAUGGUUGUGUUCGCUGCUUUGUUCACUUUCUUCUAA